AUGCUAGAGGAAUGUGCAGGCCAAUACCAUCCCUACAGUGAAUACAUAUUUAACGGCUGAGAGGGAGGUAGAAUUAUCUCUUUCCUACUAACUGGGUGAUGACACGGCUGAGCUGACGAUAAUACAGCAGCCCUACAAACCAUUAUUUAUAAUUAAGUUGUAGAUGUAGGAAUAAUUCUAGCCAUAGUCUGAAUUGCAAUAAAGUUUAACUCCCAAGAAAUCCAAAAAAAAUUUCCUACUAUCUAAAAUCUUUGAUAUCUCAAAUAUCUUUCUCUUCCCCAAAUAAAAAUUAUUCUAGCUACCACUGGAAAUUCCACCCAAUUUGGUCUACACUUCUGACUCCCUUCAGCCAAAGAAGGCCCAACCCAAGUCUCUGCCCGUUUCGACUCAUGUAUAAUAGUAGUUGCAGGCAUUUACUUACUACUGUAACCAACUUCACGCCUAAUUGAAAAUAAUCAACUAACACUAACCACCUGCUUAUGUCUAUGCACUUUAACAACCCAUUUCACUGCCACCUGCACCCUAACCAAUAAUGAUAUAAAUUUUUUUUUAUUAUUCUCAACAUCUAGACAGCUCGGUCUAAUAAUACUUACCAUUGAACUUAACCAACCCCAACUAGCCUUCCUGCAUAUCUGCACCCACACCUUCUUUAGAGCCAUGCUCUUCCUUUGCUCCAGGUCUAUUAUACUCCAUAACCUAAACAAUGAACAAGACAUCUGAAAAAUAGGAGGCCUCCACAAACUUAUACCCUUCACUUCGUCUUGCCUAAUCAUUAGCAGUCUUGCACACACCCCACCUCCCAACCACCAUCAGCUCUAUACCCUGGAAGACCAACGUGCUUGAUAAUCAACCCAUAGAUGCUGUUGCUCCCAGUGGACUUUUGCCAGGUCGGAUAUACUUUUUCCCUUUUGUUUUGCCUGUUUUUGCGAAUUUCAGUUGUGUACUUUGCUAGCCUUGCUUUGCUAGAUAUAUUUGCUAACAAUUUUCAUGCUCCGGCGCUUUUCCUGCCGGUUGGAUUAUAUUUUUGGGGUUUAGAGCUUGCAGCGAUUUUUUGCCCUAUUUUGCCGUGGAUUAUUAUUGCUGUUUAAUUAAUAUUGGAUUAUUUCCUGUUUAUAGAUUGUAACUUCCAUGAGUUAAAGAACUGCGCCUGUGGACAAUUGUCAUACCUUGGUUACCUGUAGGAUC